AUCAUGUCGAUGAGCCCAAAGCAUACGACUCCUUUCUCAGUGUCUGACAUCUUGAGCCCCUUGGAGGAAAGCUACAAGAAAGUGGCCAUGGAGGGGAGUAACUUGGGGGCUCCCCUGGCAGCGUACAGGCAAUCGCAGGUGGCGCAGCCGGCCAUGCAGCAGCACCCCAUGGGCCAUAACGGGACAGUGACCGCCGCUUACCACAUGGCAGCCGCCGGGGUCCCCCAGCUGUCCCACCCCGCCAUGGGCGGCUAUUGCAAUGGCAACAUGGGCGACCUCCCGCCCUACCAGGACACCAUGAGGAACAGCGCUUCCGCCACCGGAUGGUACGGAGCCAACCCGGAUCCCCGCUUCUCCACAAUCUCCCGCUUCAUGGGCCCUUCGUCUGGCAUGAACAUGGGCGGCAUGGGGGGCCUGAGCUCGCUGAGCGACGUGAGCAAGAGCAUGGCUCCGCUGCAGAGCGCGCCUCGGCGUAAGCGCCGCGUCCUCUUCUCGCAGGCUCAGGUGUACGAGCUGGAGAGGCGCUUCAAGCAGCAGAAGUACCUGUCGGCGCCGGAGCGGGAGCACCUGGCCAGCAUGAUCCACCUGACGCCCACCCAGGUCAAGAUCUGGUUCCAGAACCACCGCUAUAAGAUGAAGCGCCAGGCCAAGGACAAGGCCGCCCAGCAACAGAUGCAACAGCAGGAGGGCGCCUCUUGCCAGCAGCAGCAGCAGCAGCAGUCACCCCGCCGGGUGGCCGUGCCGGUCCUGGUCAAAGACGGCAAGCCAUGCCAGGCGGGCUCCAACGCGCCCUCCACGGCGCUGCAGGGCCAUCACCAGCAACAACAGGCGGCUGCCACCGCCAUCUCUGUGGCCUCCAAUGGGGCCGGCCUGGGACAACAUCCGAGCCACCAGGCCAGUAGUGCCGGGCAGUCGCCAGACCUGGGCCAGCACGCGGGCAGCAGCCCCUCGGCCCUGCAGAGCCAGGUGUCCGCCUUGUCGCACCUGAACUCCUCCACCUCGGACUACGGGACGGCCAUGUCUUGCUCCACCUUGCUUUAUGGCAGGACCUGGUGA